AUGAAUGCUGCCACAGAGAUUGCGUUGCAUGCCCAUGAUAGAAUCCUUGACUUUCUGCGACGGAUUGAUCCUUUAUUAUUAACCUCAGCUACUGCGCUUUCUACCUAUUCUAUAAUCUAUUUAUGGAACCUUCACACAGAUGAUAUAGGGAUUCGACGAAGAUUAGCAAGACAAUUUUUUUCCUUGAUAAGAGCAUUUUCAUUUGUGAAGAAGAGAAUAAAUAACGAAAUUAUCAAAGCUGAAGAAUCUCUGCACAAAACAAUUCAUGAGCACAAUGGCGACCAACUUUUCCUAACCAAAAUUCCCACCGAGGCCAUUGACUCUGAUAGUCUUAUACAGCUUAUCGAAUCUUAUGAUAGCCUAGAAGGCCCUCGCUAUCUCGAAGGAAAAGUUUCGGGGGCGGUCUUCAACGAUGAGAAAGAUAUGGAGGAGAUGAAAGUAUAUGAAGAGGUCUUCAGAAAGUUUGCCUGGUCCAAUCCGCUUUGGCCAAAGCUUUUUCCGGGUGUACGGAAAAUGGAAGCUGAGGUGGUACGCAUGUGCUGCACACUUAUGCAUGGAGAUGAAAAAAGCUGUGGAACGAUGUCCACCGGUGGAACAAUAUCCAUCCUACUUGCGUGCCUUGCUCAUCGCAACAGAGCUUUGAAAAACGGAGUUCUUUUUCCGGAAAUGAUUAUCCCAUCUUCAGCUCAUGCUGCUUUUACGAAAGCAGGUGAAGUGUUCCGGAUACGUGUCGUUCAAAUACCAGUCGAUCCAAAAACCUUCAAAGUAGAUCUGAAGAAAAUGAAGUCAGCAAUAAGUAGGAGAACAUGCAUGCUCGUAGGUUCAGCGCCAAAUUUUCCAUUCGGGACCGUAGAUGAUAUUGUCGAGAUAGGAAAACUUGGACUUUCGAACAACAUUCCUGUCCACGUCGAUGCAUGCCUAGGAGGCUUCCUUCUGCCAUUUGUAGACGCUCCACCGUUUGAUUUCAGAGUUCCCGGAGUUAUCUCCAUUUCAGCUGACACGCAUAAGUAUGGGUUAGCCCCGAAAGGGUCAUCUGUUAUACUUUACAAAAACAAAGAUUACUUGCACAACCAAUACUUUUGUGACGCGGAUUGGCAAGGAGGAAUUUACGCAUCCUCUACGUUGGAAGGAAGCCGAUCUGGUCUGAAUAUAGCUCUGUGCUGGGCAUCACUGCUGUUUCAUGGAAUUGAGAAGUAUGAGAAGCAUGCUCAAGCAGUGGUGGAAACUACGAAGAAAAUUAGAGACGGAAUAAGGGCAAUGCCAGAAUUACGCUUGCAAGGUGAAUCCGACCUCUGCAUAGUAAGCUGGAGCAGCGACACACUCGAUAUUCAUCGCCUUUACGACCUCAUUGGCAAGAGAGGAUGGCAACUCACAAACCUACAGUUUCCUUCAGGCAUCCACAUAAUGGUAACUUCGAAUCACACAAAGGAUGGCGUCGUGGGGCAGCUUCUUGAAGACAUCAGAAAGUCAAUAAAUGAAAUUUUAGCGAAUCCAAAUGCGGAGUUGGAAGAAGCAGCAGCGCUUUAUGGAAUGGCACAAAAGAUACCGGAUCGAUCCAUAGUCAAAGAAUUUGCUUACAUCUAUCUUGAUGCUUGCUAUUCUGCGCCAAAACAAACAAAAUAA